UUGAACCGUGUGGCGGUCUCAGUGUUGCCUGUGCGCUGCUGACGAGCGCACGUGUGCGUCCCUACUGGUCCAGCGGGUGUCAGUGGAAGUUGCGGCACGCGUGAGACAUGAUCAGCACACACAUUCACUGCCAGUGCGCUUGGUUCGACGUCCGGGUCGAACUGUUUCUUGAGUCGAGAGGUUUCGCCGGCAGGGUUACUGGAUACUAGGUUGAGCCCGUCUGCCUGCGCCAUGCAAAGUGUUGGGUACGUGUGGUGUAUGGCCGCCCCGGCCAGCUCUCCCCGCGCGCGGAACAGCCAGUAGUAUGGCCGACAUGGCCACUUCCUUACUGCUCUUACUUUCUGGGUGUUUCUUGUCAGUAACCGUGAAGUGUGUAAUUCUGACAGUGACAGUAGCAAGGAAGUUUCUAGAGCCUCGGGUUGGCGGCCUUACGUUUUACUUAAAGACAAGCUGUGGUGCUGUACUUCAGGGAAAGCAAUGGAUUGCAGCGCCUCUAAUGGUGGUAGCCGAAUUUACUGGUGGACCAGCUUUCCUGCUACGGAGUGUAGGCUCAGUAAAACAGUUGAUUCUGCGUCUGCCAUCAGCAAGUCCUGUCGAAGUCAUGAGCCUCUUGUGUGAGAGGAUACGCAAGGUUCGUCGUGGUAGAGUGGCUGUUACGGUCCUGGUUCUGGUGGUCCUAGUAUCGCCCUCGGUGGAAGGGAGGAACGCAACAGGACGAAGAGUGGUGCGCCUGGCAGUUAUAGCGCCCGCGGAUCGCGAGCACGAGCAGUCCCUGUAUCGAGUGUUGCCCGCCGUGCAGCUGGCGGUCCGCAAAGUGUCCGACCCGAUCACCGGGACUCUUCCUGGUUGGGAGAUCCUUGUGGAUCACCGGGACUCGCGGUGCUCGUCUACAUUUGGACCCCUUGCCGCUUUCGAGUUCUACAUAAAUCGGAGCGCAGAUGCUUUCCUGGGUCCCGUGUGCGACUAUGUCAUUGCCCCCGUGGCGCGCUACGCCGGAGAGUGGGGCAUCCCCGUACUGACGGCCGGCGCCCAAGCGGACGCGUUCCGCCACAAGCCGCUUUCGUACCCAACCCUGACGCGGAUGAUGGGCUCCUACCGACUUGUUGGCGAGGCCCUGCGUCACAUCCUGCACGUGUUCGGCUGGCAGGUGGCAGGCUUGCUGUACCACAACCACGGGGUCGGCUCGCCCCGCGGCAACUCCAUGUGCCACUUCACGCUGGGAGCCGUCUUCACUGCCCUGAACCAGACGCCCGCACACCGCAGCUUCAAUGAGGACACCGCCACUCCGGAGGAGUACCGGCAACUCCUACAGUUCGUGUCGAGGAGUGCUCGAAUUGUGGUGGUGUGCGCCAACCCCAGCACGGUGCGGGAGAUCCUAUUGGCCGCUGAAGAACUCAACAUGGUGGACAGUGGAGAAUAUGUGUUCUUCAACAUAGAACUCUUCAGCAGUAGCGAGAGCAGCAUGCGACCGUGGGAAGUGAUCGGCGACCCUCCGCAACGCAACGAGAGAGCCAAGAAGGCCUACAGCGCCCUGCUGACGGUGACCGCCGCGACGCCGGACAACAAGGAGUACCGCACGUUCUCGGAAGAGGUGAAGCGUCUGGCAGAAGACAAGUACAACCAGACUUUCAGCAACGAGUCCGUAUCCACGUUCGUAACGGCGUUCUAUGACGCGGUGCUGCUGUACUCCCUGGCCCUGAACGAGACCCUGAACGACGGGGGCUCGGAGCUCGACGGCAGGGACAUCACGAAGCGCAUGUGGAACAGAACCUUCAAAGGACUGGCCGGUCAAGUCAACAUCGAUACAAAUGGAGACCGCAUUGCCGACUAUUCCUUGCUGGAUAUGGACCCUGUGACCAACACGUUCCACACUGUGGCUAACUACAUUGGGGCCACCCGGACCCUAGAGUAUAUUCCGGAAACGAAGAUAUACUGGGCAGGGGGCCGAACCGAUCCCCCACCUGACACACCCACGUGUGGUUUCGACAACUCCCUGUGCCCCGACAAUUCCCUCCCAGGAUACGCCAUUCUCAGUAUAGUGCUCAGCUCUGUGGUCGUGUUUCUGGUCAUUGCGUCUGUGUUCAUUUACCGACACUACAAGCUUGAGGCGGCCAUCGCUUCCAUGAGCUGGCGUGUGCAGUGGCCCGACAUCGUAGUGAUGCCCGCAGGCAAGGCCAGAGGAAGCAUGUACAGCCUCGCGAAGAGAGGCAGCCAAGCGUCAAUUGUCUCCGAGGACGCGCUGAGCAUCGGGGACGGAACCCGGCAAGUAUUCGUGCCGACCGGCUUCUACAGGGGGACAAAAGUUGCUAUCAAGACAGUUGCCAAACCGAGGAUCGAGCUGACGCGACCUCUGCUGCUGGAAUUCAAACGGAUGCGGGACCUGCACCAUGAUCAUCUUGUCCGCUUUCUGGGGGCCUGUAUUGAUCCACCACACGCAUGUCUGCUGACAGAAUAUUGCCCUAAAGGAAGCCUUCAGGACAUCUUGGAGAAUGAGCAGUUCAAACUUGACUGGAUGUUCCGAUACAGUCUGAUGCAUGAUAUUGUGAAGGGCAUGAGUUAUUUACAUAGCAGUGAUGUCCGGUCCCAUGGCUCACUGAAGUCGUCCAACUGUGUUGUGGACAGUCGUUUUGUUCUCAAGAUCACAGACUUCGGCCUGCACAGCCUCCGUGCUUCUGGAGAAGAUGCUGAUGACAAGGACUCUUAUGCCUACUGGCACAAGCAGCUAUGGACAGCUCCUGAGUUGCUUCGCAUGGGACCACAGAGGCCUCCAGAAGGCACCCAGAAGGGGGAUGUGUAUUCUUUUGCGAUCAUCGUUCAUGAGAUCAUCACACGACAGGGGCCAUUUUACUUGCACAACAUGGAUCUCACACCCAGAGAGAUCGUGGAGAAUGUGAAGAAUGGGCAGAAGGUGAGUUUCCGGCCCUCAGUGGACGAGCUGACGUGCGAGGAGGAAGUCGUGAACCUGAUGAAGCGCUGCUGGACCGAGGAGGCGGCCGACCGUCCUGACUUCCACGCGCUCAAAACGGCCGUCAGGAAGAUCAACAGUGACUAUGAGAGUGGCAACAUCCUGGACAACCUGCUAUCACGCAUGGAGCAGUACGCCAAUAACCUGGAGGCUCUCGUCGAGGAACGAACCUCGGAUUAUCUAGAAGAAAAGCGCAAAUGUGAGGAGCUUCUGUAUCAGCUGCUUCCAAAGUCAGUGGCGAGUCAGCUGAUCCUCGGACAGUCCGUCAUCGCGGAGACAUAUGACAGCGUGACCAUCUACUUCAGUGACAUUGUCGGCUUCACGGCCCUGUCUGCAGAGAGCACUCCGCUACAGGUGGUGGAUCUUUUGAAUGACCUGUAUUCCUGCUUCGACUCCAUUAUUGAAAACUUCGACGUGUACAAGGUUGAGACCAUAGGAGACGCUUACAUGGUGGUGUCCGGGCUUCCCGUCCGGAACGAGACGUUACACGCCAGGGAAAUUGCCCGCAUGUCUCUGGCUCUGCUGUCAGCAGUCCGUGGGUUCACGAUCCGACACAGGCCUUCAGACCAGCUUAAACUACGUAUCGGAAUGCACACAGGGCCCUGUGUGGCGGGCGUGGUCGGCCGCAAGAUGCCCCGGUACUGCCUGUUCGGAGACACGGUCAACACGGCAUCGCGCAUGGAAUCCAAUGGCCUACCCCUUAAAAUCCAUGUGAGCCCUAAAACAAAAGCUGUCUUGGAUACGUUCGGGUCAUUUGAACUGGAACUCCGGGGCGAAGUGGAGAUGAAGGGAAAGGGAAAGGUCACGACGUACUGGCUCAUUGGCGAGAAGCCGGAUGUUGCGAACGUUUCCAGCACAGCCGUUGCUAUGACAACGGCCAACAGUAAGAACUGUGUCAGCAGCUCUCCGCCGGCCGUCAUCGCGACAGCGGAAGCCGCUCCAGUAUAUUCCGUGUCUUUCUCGUCACUUCCGGUGACGGGCAGCAGAAGCAACGGCGCUGCAGCAGCCAUCAACACGGUGACCCCAAGUAAAGCCAGUUCAAACCGAAGCAGGAGCACAUCGGCGGUUGCGCAGACAGCCCAGGGAGGCUCACCGAAGACAAACAGUAUCACCAGCAGGGGCAAGACAGUCUCUAGUAAGACGAACAAUGUUGCUUCAGCGACUCCCUCCAGAAGUAACAAUGUAAGUAUGAGCAAUAGUGUAGCUCACUCGCCGAGUUUGACGUCAACUAAAAACAAUACUAUGACGCCGACGCCGAGCGUCACGACACCAUUGCUUUCUAAGGACAUCAAUGCGUAGAACUCAAGUUUUAGAUGCCUUAAAUUGUUGGUGGUGUGAUUUGACGUGUAAAUACAUACUUAAUGUUGUAAAAUAUAGCAUAUCCUUGUGCCAUCACCAUGUAAACAUAGACAAGUAUUUUAAUUUAGAUCAAGAAUCGUAACAAGAGCGAGUGCAUCGGAAGCAAACAGAGGCCCUCCCAACAUGUGUGGCCUGUUUACAUAAUUGAAACUUACACCACAAAGAAGUGCUUCCUCUGAGAAUCACGGGAAGUGAAUUUGGUGACACAAAAUAUAAACGGGACAGCUGUGCGCUUGCGCAUAUUCAGUACGAAUUUACAGAAUUAUAAAACGUGAACAUCUAUGACUUAAGGGAAGAGAGUGUUUGGAAGACCUAGGUUUCGAUGGAAGUACACUAUUGAUAUUGUUCUCAAGAGAAUAUAGUGUGAGGUGCAUACUGGAUUCAUCUGGCUCACAAAGUGAGGGCUGUUGUGAACAUGGUAAUAAGUACUAGGGUUCUAUAAGAAGAGGAAUAUUCGUUAACCAGCUGAACUCCUGUUAAUUUUACGUGACCUAAGCUGGUUUGAAGAUUCAGACGAGCUGUGACUCGGAGUGACACAACAGAUCUGCAUCAGGAAGGUAGUUCAUCUACUACUGAAGGAAACCAACAUCAGGACUGUAAUAGUUAUUUGUAAGGGAUUUGUUUUCAGGGAAAAUCUCUAAUGGAUAUUACCUGAAAUACAAGAUUUCCUCUGUUUCCAAUAAUAAUUUCAGGUAAGUUCUUGUUUGAUUGCCAAAUCCUACACAAAAUGCAAUCAUAUCUGUAUUUUGAUGUUGCCAACAUAAAGCGACAAAACCAAUACUGUUACUUCAGUCCAUCUGUGUUAUAAAUUGAAGGUGUCAUAUAAAAUUAGCAAAUAGAGUUACUGCAAAAAUAUUAAAAUACGAAUUAAACUACUGAUUUAAUUUCA